UUUUUUUCGUUCUGCUUUGAGAUUGUAACAAGCAAAAAAUUAUUUCAAGAGAAAAGAAAAUUUUCCAAUUUCAUUGUCAAUUGAGAUGAAUUUAAGUCAAUAGAAAGACUUCCCACACACAAUUAUUUUUGUCAUCAUUAUAAUUUUUUUGGAAAGUCAUCAUACUCGAAUUUAAGUGAAAUUCAAUAAAUCAAAUAGAAUUUAUAAGGAUAUAAUAUAAUAAUAAUAUAAACAAUAAACAAAAAUGGCUGCGUCACGUGAUGAGCAAUCACCAAAGCAACGCAACUCACCAUUAAGCAAAUUUAGUCCUGGUUUUAAAUCGUCAUCGCCAUCUCAUUCACUUAGUUCCGAAUCACAACAACAUUUAAGUCCAACGAAAUUCUUUAGCUCAUCGCCUAACGAUAAUCAUCAUAUGAUAACAGGGUCAGGUCCAAGUCGACAACGUUCAUUACGUGAUCGUUUACGCGAUGGAAUUAGUAGCAGUCUUACUUGGCAGAGCAAAUCGCGUAGCGUAGAUCAUGGUUUAUCUGCGCCAUUCGUAGAUUUGGACUCAUUACGUUCCAAAGUUGAAGGACGUUUCGAAAGCAUUGAUCGACUGUCUUCAAAAGGUUCAAUAACACCGAUUCCAACAUUACCGUAUACAGUUAAAGAUCGCGACACUUUAACAUCAGUUGCUGCACGUUUUGAUACCACACCUUCGGAAUUAACUCAACUUAAUCGAUUAGGCAGCUCCUUUAUUUAUUCGGGACAAACAUUACUUGUGCCUGACAAGUCGAAAAUUAAGGAUGAUGAUAAUUCUAGUGAGACAAGCGGUGAUACAGACAUUUCAAAGGAAAAGAGUCGAAAAGGCUCGAAUAAUACUGACGAUAUUCCACAGGACGAAAAGGACCUUCUUGACAACCUGAGACCAACAUCACCAAAACCUGGUCAUGCAGAGCGUGUCGUUACACCAAAUCAGUCAGAAGAUGAUCCCGUAGUAAUUCAACGGUUCUUAAAGCUUAAUGUUCGGCACAUUACUGAUGGACAAGGAGUUGUUGGUGGCGUUUUACUUGUCACUCCAAAUGCUGUCAUGUUUGAUCCAAAUGUCUCUGAUACUUUAGUCAUUGAACAUGGUCCUGAAAGCUAUGGAGUUAUAGCACCUAUGGAAUUUAUUGUUAAUGCUGCCAUAUUUAAUGAUAUUGCUCAUAUGCGAGUUGGAAGUGGUGAACAUUCUAAUCAUAACUCAACCGAAAAGCCAGAAGUGUACUAUCCAAAACCACCACCAUGCAAUAGAUGCGAUACGCAUUCACCUGGCAAGGACUCGUUGCUUGUUAAAGACGAAACGUUUCCUGAAUUAGGUGCUGGAAGUUCUGUUGAUCAAGAGAGCAAUUGCUCGACAGAACGUGAUGAUGGCGAUGCAUUUCCAAAAGCUUUUGAUCGCGAUCUUGUGACGCCAAUUGAAAAAAUUCAUGCUGAUUCUACAGAAAGUGCAGGCGGUCGUGGCUCAUUGACAAAUGAAAAUGAGACAAAGAAAGACGAAAAGGAUGAUACAAAAACGGAGCAAGAUGACGAGCUUGAUGCGAUAAAACACGAAGCAAACAGAAGAAAAAGUCUCCUUGACCAACAUUGGGCCAUACCGAAGAAAGAUAGACUGAGAACACAAUGUGAAUGUAGAUCAGAGGAUGGGGAGGAUGAAUACGAAAACGUAUUAAAGGAAGAAGAAUCCGAAGAUAAAAAGACAGACAAUGCUGAAUUGGCAGCAGAUGUUAUUGAAGAAAAUCAAUUGACUCGAACAUCAUGUCAUGAUAGUGGAAUUGAUAUAAGAGAUGCUAUACCGACAGUUCCUGUUGUUCAAACUAAAAAAAUUUAUAGUGAUGCAGACAUUGUACUAAGCUCAGACUGGGUACCGCCAUUGACAAUAGCUCCCACAUCAAUAUGCACAGAUACAAAAUCCAUGUCUACAUCAUCAUAUAGUAACGAUACAGUUUCAACAAACAGUGAUGGACGAAAAAAGACGUCCAGUGUUAGCUUUAGUGUUGAAGAUAAUGAAAAUUCUGGUGCUGAAAAGGGAACUGGAGAAGUUAAGAAGAAUAAGAUGCUUAAACGCUUAUCAUAUCCAUUGUCGUGGGUGGAAGGUCUGACUGGCGAGCAAGGCAGCAAAGAUAGCGAUUCAGCGCCCACAACAAGUGAUUCUAAUCAAAGUGUAUUUUCGAAAGUAUUUUCAAGACGAUCAUCAAUUGGAACUUUUAUACGAUCUCAUCCAUCAUCGGACAGUUCAGCAACAUCAUCGCAAUCAAACAAACCUCAAAAGCCUCAAGCUCCGAAAUUAGACUAUAGAUCAAUGGUGUCAAUCGAUGAUAUGCCAGCAUUAUUUGUAAGCUUUGAUAUGAGGGCACCGUUGUUUCCACAACUCGAAAAUCUUGAACUUAUACCACGACCAGCACGAGCAUGUCAAGAUCCACCGAUGUAUUUAAGAUUACGAAUGGGACGUCCAGCUGGAAAACCAUCACCGCUACCCACAACAGUAAUGUCGUAUGGCAAGAAUAAGCUACGUCCUGAAUAUUGGUUUAGUAUUCCUAAGAAUAAGGUUGACGAACUUUAUAGAUUCAUUGGUGCUUGGGUUCCACAGCUCUAUGGUGAAUUGGACGAAGAAGCAAUAAAGGCACGCGGAUUUGAGCUAAUUCAGCAUGAUACUGAAUGGACGAAUAACAGAACGUCCAGCAAGGAUGGACUCGACAUUGGCGAAGAGAUUGGUGAAUAUACUCGCGAAUCGUGGGAGGUUCUGUCGAUGAGCAAAGAUGAUUAUCGAAAUGCAUCGUUCAUCACAGCUGGUUCAUUUGAACAGGAUGUUCCCAUCCCCGAUCUUGUUGGAGCUACUGAAAUUUUAAGUGAAGAACACAGAGAAAAACUCUGUGGACAUUUACCCGCGAGAGCAGAAGGCUAUUCAUGGUCAUUAAUAUUCAGUACAUCACAACAUGGAUUCUCACUAAAUUCGCUUUACAGAAAAAUGCACAAGCUCGAAAGUCCUGUUCUUAUUGUUAUUGAAGAUACAGAUCAUAAUGUAUUUGGUGCACUCACAUCAUGCUCACUGCAUGUGUCAGAUCAUUUCUAUGGAACAGGUGAAUCAUUGUUAUACAAAUUUAAUCCAACUUUCAAAGUAUUCCAUUGGAGUGGAGAAAAUUUGUACUUUAUUAAAGGCAAUCCUGAAAGUCUCGCAAUUGGUGCUGGAGAUGGUAGAUUCGGUUUGUGGCUUGACGGUGACUUAAAUCAAGGCAGAUCACAAAGCUGUAGCACAUAUUCAAACGAACCGCUAGCACCUCAAGAAGACUUUGUUAUAAAAACGCUCGAGUGUUGGGCGUUCGUUUAAAUUCAUUAAUAUAAAAAUCUAACGAUGAUAAUCAUGGAGAUAUGUAACAUUUAAUUUAAAAUAUAUUUUUUUGUCGAUUAUAGCAAAAUUUUAGUGAUGGAAAAAGUCAUUCAUUGAAGAAACAAAAAUUUCAUAUUCAUGAGUAAAGAAGCAAAACUUUAAUGUUUCUUGAAACUGAAGAAAAAUAAUUCAUUUAUGGCAAAACUAAUAGAAAGACUAUAGGAAAGUGUGAGUAGCAUAAAGAUUAUUUGGCAAGUUGCAUGAGAAUGUCUUCGCAAUUUAAUUUAUAAUGAAAAGAAAAUGAAACUUUUUGUAGUAGUGAAUCAAGAAUGUUAUUGGAUAGAGCAAAAUAAAAUAUAAAAACAUUUGUGAAAUCGUUAAGGAAAAAAAAUUGUUGAAAUUUCAAAUUCACACCAAAUUUUCAAUUUGAAUGAAUAUAUUGUUUUUGGUAAUGAAGUGAAACCAUAAUAAUGUGAAUGCAUAAAUAAGCUUAAUGAUUUUUGAACGUAAACCUGUAAUUUAUUAACAGUUGGAAGAAACUUAGUGGAGUACCACACUCUUGUAAUCUAUUAACAACCGAGCAAAGCUCGAUCUUUAAAAAGUUCGGACUAGGUUGAGCGAAGCAGAAGUUUCAAAACUAUCUAGACUGUAAGCAAUAUUGAGGUCUGAUCAUAUCACAAAGUAAUGCUUUAAAUUUUAAGAUUUUUAAUCUUAACUGAACAAUAUUUAGGAAUUUCUUUCAUAUGAUGUGAAUAUUCGCAUAAAGCAUGAUCGGUUUCAUUGCUAGUUUUAUUAAGUAAUGAGGAAGAAGAUGAGCAGAAAAAGAUUUAUGUUCUUCUAUUUAAAUGAUAAUAUUAAUCAAAAUGUUAUAUUGAAUCCAUAACUAAUAUAGUCAUGCAUUUGUGUCGCAUGUUAGGGACAAAAAAAAAUAUCGAGAUGCAUAUUUUUUGUGGAGAGAGAUCUUUUCAAAGAUAACGGCUAACUUUGUUAAAGGAAAAUUGUCAAUAUUGAUGAAUGAGGUUCAACCCUAUCUUACCAGUAAAGCAUCUGUCAAUCUGGUUGCAAUCAAUUUUCCUUAUCCUUAAACUCGAAAUUAUGGAAUUAAAAAUUGACUUAGAAAUUUGUGGAGAGAAAAAAGAAAAGUCGAAGGCAAAAGUUUUAUGCUUUUUAUAUGUUUAUUAUACUGAAUUGUGAUAUGUUUAUCAUUAUUCUUUUUACAUUUUAAUGAAAUGCAAGCAAAACAACUAAAUACAAUACUUAUUCCUUAUUUUUAUUAAAAUGAUAACUUUAUUAUUAAACUUCCUAGUUUUUGACAUCCUUAUUAUUACUAUUUGUAUGAUUUAUGAUGUAAUUAUGAUUAUAGCAAGGAUUUAUUUUGCGAAUCAUUAUUAUUUUAGAACUUUUAAUGUCCUUAUUAUUA